CGGCCGCUGUUGCGAGAGCCUGUGAGCAUCUUUUUUGUUUCUCCUGUGGGCGUGUCCCAGAAUACCGUUAGGAUUCACCGCUCAACGUAUCACUCGUACGAACCCAUUGUGAAGCAGCCAACGAAGGCCGCCCGCAACUAUCCAACAGUGCCACUGGUUGACGUUUCUUCUUUCACCAUUCCGGGAACAAUAGAAAAGAUAGCGGUUCCGUCGUCGGUCGGGUUGCGGAGCGCAUAUCCUAUUGCUGGUCCGUUGCCAACCUCCAAGACGGAAGACCCCAGGCAAACGGGGACAGAGUUUCGUGCCACGGGGAGGGAAAAUCCAAUCCCCCCCGCUAGCCGACGCUGGGUCCCUCCAUCACUGAGACCGAAACAUGGACUCACCGAAGAUUCCAGAAUUGAUUCGAUCUUCCGAAAAGUACGUGGUAUUCUGAACAAGCUAACCCCAGAGAAAUUCCAGAAGCUAAGUGAUGACCUGCUGAAGCUGGACCUGAACUCGUCCAAGAUUCUGAACGGUGUUAUUCUGCUCAUAUUUGACAAAGCGUUAGAUGAACCCAAGUACUCGUCUAUGUAUGCGCAGCUGUGCAAGCGCAUCGAGAAAGAACUAGAGACCGACAUUGACAAAACGAAGUCCGGUACCUUCCUGCAGAUCCUGCUGAACGUUUGCCGUGACAAGUUCGAAAACCGUGUACAUUACAGUGAGAAAAUCAUCAAUUCGGAACUCGCCCUCACCGAUGAUCUGGAGGAAAAGAAAAAUGUGGCCAAACAGAAGAUCCUGGGUAAUGUUAAGUUCAUCGGCGAGCUGUACAAGCUCGACAUGCUCGGUGAGCCACAUCUGCACAAGAUGUUGCGCUCGCUCUUCACCAACAAGUCCGGCGCGACGACGGAGAAGAACUGCGAGGACAUGGAAUGUCUGGCCCAGCUUAUCAAGACCUGCGGAAAGAAUCUGGAUACAGAGCUGGGAAAACAGCUGAUGGAUCAGUACUUCGACCGGAUGGAACAGUAUUCCCUGUCGAGCAGGUUCCCGCCACGCAUCCGGUUCCUGCUGCGCGAUCUGAUCGAGCUGCGCAAGAACACCUGGACGCCACGGAAGGUGGCCCGCGUGGAGGGACCAGCCCCGAUCCAGGAGCUCACCAACGAGGAUGAUCUGGUGCUGCGACCGCCGUUCGGUAUGCGCGGUCGGGACUACCGGAACCAGGAGCGGGGCGACCAGCGGGACUGGAUCAGCAAGUUCUCGCUGAACCCGCUCAACUUCAACGACAGCUUCAACCUGCUGAGCGUGUCGACUCCGUCGCCGCUGAUACCAUCAACGUAUUCACCCUCACCGAAUGGCUACGGCAACCGGGACCACCGUGACAAUGGUGGUGGUAGUGGUGGUGGCGGCGGUGGCAACUACCGCAUGCACAACGAUCGAAACGGCCGCCAGAACCAACAUAACAGCAAUUACCAUGGCAAUGGGAAUAACAUGCGCUACAACAACAACAACAAGCACGGAAACCAUCACGGCGGACGCGAUGGUGGAGGCGGCGGUGGCCAGAAUCAUCAUCACCAGAACAACAGUAGCGGCGGGGGAACCAACUCGCACAAUUCCUACUCGAACCGGGAUGGUAUGAUGAAUAGCAAGGAUUUGGCGCCCCGAUUCAAGCGCAACUUGAUGACUCCACAGAAUCCGGUGGAAGAUCUCCAAAUGCGGCCGACGCCCAACAGUUUGCUUUUUAAGACACAGAACAUGAACAUGAAGACGCAGUUGCCCAUCUCGCAGGUACCGUCGUCGCAGUCUAGCAAGAGUAGCAACUUCAACUCGUCCCAGCUAGGAGACUUCCCGUCGCCGUUGACCACCCGCACUCUUCUGAGCGAACAGCGGGCAGCGGCAGGUGGCAAUAGUGCCUAUGGGGCAAAUGUCAACCACAACGGUGGUAAUGCUGGUUCAUACAACCAAACGCCGUUAUCGUCCAACGCUAACUACGGAGCCGGUUCAGGUGCCAACUCAUCUGCAGGAUCCAACGGAAAUGGUUUGGGUAAUAUCGGACCAACUGUUCCACAGAAUGCCUCCAACAAUCCCAGUCCGCUUUCGAGCCAGGCGACACCACAGAGUCGAAGCCAUCUACCGAGCGCAUUGAAUGGCAAAUCUCAACCGAAUCAGAAUAGAAACACAUCUCCCGUAACUCCCAUCAACAAUAUACUUCAAAAGGAUCAAGUUAUCAUCAAACAAGCCUCCUCGGAUAAGGCUGACAAGAAGAACAAGAAAGACAAAGGACCUAACAAGGAGGAAUUCUUGAAGAAGGUCUCUGCGUUCGCUUCAGACAUUCUGUUGGAUAACCUGAAAAAACAAAUCGAAGAAGAUCAACAAGGCAAAACUAACAACAAACCCGUCGAGAAUGAGGCCAUCAAGGAGGUCGUUGUCGAGGUGAUUGACAAGACGCUACCCAAUCCGUACACUGUGAAUGAGGCAGAUCUAAGUGAAAAAUCGGAUGACGACAAAUCCUCGGAGAAGGGCGACUUUGGAUCGGAAACGAAGAAAUCCGACGACGAGGCAGAGCAGCAUCUGAUGAACGAUCUGGUCCGCGAGUUCUGUAUGCUGCGAGUGCCGGACAAGUUCAUGCGCGAUUCGGUUAUCAAAAUUUUGAACGAAGUGCUGGACAAACCAGAUUCAUUCCACGAGAAAACGAUUGAAUUCCUGCAGAAGCUACGCAAGGAAAACAAACUCAACAAUGGAGCGAUGCUGGAGGCAUUCAAGACGCUGAUCAAUUCGAUGAACGAAAAGGAGAAAACCAUACCGAAAAUCACCACAAUUGUCGCUUCGCUGCUCUCCCGCGCCGUUUCGGUGAAACUGUGCAAACUGUCCGACAUCUCCAACUACACCGACAACGGCCAGCACUACCCGCUGUUCCUGCUGGUGCUGCAGCAACUGCACAAGCAGCUUGGCAAGCAGACGCUCCAGGAAAUGUUCCAAUCGAGCAAGGUCAACUUGAUGAGCAGCCUCCCCGAGUGCGAUCGUACGAAAGAUCGCAUGGCGGAGAUUCUCGAGGAUCGCAGCCUGAGCUUCCUGUAUCCACUGCUGAGGGUGCAGGCCGAGCUGUGGAAGCAAAUCCAGGCGGACUCCAACCCACAGCAGUUCUACAAGUGGAUCAAGGAGAAUGUUGAGCCUAGCUGCUAUACCGACCCCGGAUUCAUCACGGCGGUGAUGACGGUGCUUUUGAAGUAUAUCAUGCAGGAGUCGUCCAAGUAUGCAGAUGAGAAGCAAUCGGUGGAGAAGGAAAUGGAAAUCCUACGGAAAUACUGUCCGGUGCUGAAUGCCUUCCUGAACGGCAAUAACGAUCUGCAGCUGAUUGCGAUUUACGCGAUGCAGGUCUACUGGUAUAGCAUCAAUUUCCCUAAAGGAGUACUGUUACGCUGGUUCCGUGAGUGCUACGAGCUGAGCGUAAUCGAAGAGGAAGCCUUCCUGCGGUAUAAGGAAGACGUUACCGAUAUGUAUCCAGGCAAGGGAAAGGCCUUGUUCCAGGUGAAUCAGUGGCUCACGUGGCUGGCCGAGGCGGAGGAUGAAGACGAGGAGGAUGAGGAAUAAGCAAUUCGAAAGCAUAUGCUCUGCUGCCAUAUCCCCACCACCCACUCAAACACACACAAUCGCUGCAUAAUUCCACGAGAGAGAAGAAUAAGUGGCAAUGCGCACCUAAAAAUUGACUCCCGUUAUGUUCACACACAAAUGGCAAGAAUCGUAUUUUUUUUAGAAAAUCAGCAUCUGUUGUAGUUUAUUGUAAAUUUUUAAUUGUACCUUUCGAAUUUGUUUUAAUUUCUGAUGAUGAAGUUUGCAAAGCUGGCGUUUUUACAACCUACGUAUAUUAUGGGGUAAAGUUUUUUUUUGUGUCGAUACUAAGCGAUGACGGACGAAAGAAUAAGAUAUGUGUUCCCGAAUAAUUCAGUAAUUCUCCGAUUUUCUCACGAGCCGAAUGAAUGAAUGGGAAACGAACUUCAUAUAGAUAUACAAUAUAACUCACUCACACUAGAUGCAGUCUAUUCAAAGUAGAAUAAGCCAGUCGAACUAAAUACGUAUGGAAAUAGUAAUGUGGAGAGAGAACAGUGUUCUUUCCUGCCCUCAAGACGAUGAUGCAGUGCGUCCGGGGAAACAAAUAGAUCAAUUUGUAUUUGCUAGAAAGAGAAUGAUGAUGAUUAUUAAGUAAGUUUAGCGGAUAUCAAGCUAGUUUUUACUCGGAGAUCGAUGUGUGAAAUCAAAAGUGGAGCGAAAUAAAAUCUGUGGCAACCUAUUCUAGUAGACGACGAUGAAUGAAAGUGCAAUUGGAACCUUUAGAGAAGGGUGAUAUUACGGAGAGAGAGAGCGAGAGCGAGAGUAUGACGACGAAAAGCGCAAAUAGUUGAAACUGAAUGUUUUCUAGAGCUAUCCUUUGUUGUGUCUGAUGCCGAGUGUUUGCGACUGUAAUUCGAUUCCGUAACGAUUACUUCCCGUAGAAGGUAACGAUUACAGCCAGAAAAAAGAACAUGAAAAUUAUGUGGUAGUGAAGCUGUAAACAGAAUAGUAUAUGAUUUUUGUCUGCACCGUUAAAUAUUAAUCGUUCACUAGACACACACAAAUGCAUACCUACUCACAAACACUAGUGUGUAUAUAGAAAUGGUGUAUAACUAAUCAACAAAGCAAAACAUUCAAUGCCAGACCUAACGUCGGGAGGCAUCUAUUUGCAGCAGUUCGACCCCCUCCCAAACAGAAAAUCCAAAGGUAUAAUCACACACCCACACACACACACA